GGUUGUCGGGUUCCAAUUCCGCGGGGAGGGACAAAGGCAGCUGCGAGCUCCUGGCUACGCCCGAUUGAGUGGUUCACUCGUCUCUGUCCUCGAUCUGAGGGCUUUGAAAGCUGAGACUAACUCUGCCUGAGGAGAGGCCACGGGACCGAGGCCCAAGAAGGGCCUAGGACUAAGGUGGCUGAGGAGAGUGGGGGAGGGGCGCGGCCCGGCCCAGUUGAGGUGAUUGGCAGGUCAGUUGUGACGCGAAGUAGUGGACCAUCUUGAGAUAAUUUGAGUCACCACUCUAUGAAGAUUGGGCGGACCGCAAGCCAGGUUUUUUCCGAGUUAAAAAAAUUCUGUCUCUUCCGGUUGGGAAGUGGUGAACCGGAACUGGCUCCAUAUGCGUUGCAACGACUCCGUGGUUUCCAUCUAGGACGUGUUUCAGGAUCCUGCCAUCACUGGUGGCGAAGACGUGAGUGCGUAUUCAGUUUUGUGACAGAAGUGUGUAAAUUUCCAGCUUGGUAAGUUUUCUGGUCAGGAAAUUUAAGGCAACGAAAAAGGACUCGAACUAACAAUAAGAUGAAGAAAUAACCGUCAGUGAUCUCAGUAACCGUCGACUCCAGGACCAUCCACUUCGACUCUGUCUGAAUUGAAGUACCGAAACUUAACACUAAAAGAUUUUUGGCGCUGCAGGUUUAUGACAAAGUUCUUUCCAAAAUAUUACGUCCUAGAAGAUUUAAAAAUACUUAAAGAAGAAAUAAGUUGCAGUUUUGAAUAUCUGAAUAUAUUUUGGAUAGAUACUUGCUAACUUGCUUCAGGAAUUCUUAAGGAACAAAGAGACAACCUUUACAGGACAGAGACCUGAAAAGUCUUUUCCAUUGGUUAAAAGACUAGAGCUCUCACUGCAGUCAUGGCUUUCACGUAUUACAGCAGUCUGAAUCGAGCUCAGCUAACCUUUGAAUAUCUGCACACAAAUUCAACCACUCAUGAAUUUUUAUUUGGAGCUCUUGCUGAAUUGGUUGAUAAUGCAAGAGAUGCUGAUGCCACUAGAAUAGAUAUUUAUGCAGAAAGGCGAGAGGACCUUCGAGGAGGGUUUAUGCUCUGCUUUUUGGAUGAUGGAGCAGGAAUGGACCCGAGUGAUGCUGCCAGUGUGAUCCAGUUUGGGAAGUCAGCCAAACGAACACCUGAGUCCACCCAGAUUGGGCAGUAUGGGAAUGGGUUAAAAUCGGGCUCAAUGCGUAUUGGGAAGGAUUUUAUCCUCUUCACUAAGAAGGAAGAUACCAUGACCUGCCUCUUCCUGUCUCGAACCUUUCAUGAGGAAGAAGGCAUUGAUGAAGUGAUAGUCCCAUUGCCUACCUGGAAUGCCCAGACCCGGGAACCUGUCACAGACAAUGUGGAGAAGUUUGCCAUUGAGACAGAACUCAUCUAUAAGUAUUCACCUUUUCGCACUGAGGAGGAAGUGAUGAGCCAGUUCAUGAAGAUUCCUGGGGACAGCGGAACAUUGGUGAUCAUCUUUAAUCUCAAGCUUAUGGAUAAUGGAGAGCCUGAACUAGAUAUAAUCUCAAAUCCAAGAGAUAUCCAGAUGGCGGAGACUUCCCCAGAGGGCACGAAGCCUGAACGGCACUCUUUCAGAGCCUAUGCUGCUGUGCUCUACAUUGAUCCCCGGAUGAGGAUCUUCAUCCAUGGGCACAAGGUGCAAACCAAGAGGCUGUCCUGCUGCUUGUACAAGCCCAGGAUGUACAAGUAUACAUCUAGCCGUUUCAAGACCCGUGCGGAGCAGGAGGUGAAGAAAGCAGAGCAUGUAGCACGGAUUGCUGAAGAGAAGGCCCGGGAGGCAGAGAGCAAAGCUCGGACAUUAGAAGUACGCUUAGGUGGAGAUCUCACACGGGACUCCAGGGUGAUGUUGAGACAGGUCCAGAACACUGCCAUCACCCUGCGCAGAGAAGCUGAUGUCAAGAAGAGGAUCAAGGAGGCCAAGCAGCGAGCACUCAAAGAACCUAAGGAACUGAAUUUUGUUUUUGGGGUCAACAUUGAACACCGGGACCUAGAUGGCAUGUUUAUUUACAACUGUAGCCGCUUGAUCAAGAUGUAUGAGAAAGUGGGCCCACAGCUGGAAGGGGGCAUGGCAUGUGGUGGGGUUGUUGGGGUUGUUGAUGUGCCCUACCUGGUCCUGGAACCUACACACAACAAGCAGGACUUUGCUGAUGCCAAGGAGUACCGGCACCUGCUAAAGGCAAUGGGGGAGCACCUGGCACAGUACUGGAAGGACAUUGCCAUAGCCCAACGUGGAAUCAUCAAGUUUUGGGAUGAGUUUGGCUACCUUUCUGCCAACUGGAACCAGCCCCCAUCCAGUGAGCUACGUUACAAACGCAGGAGAGCAAUGGAAAUCCCAACCACCAUCCAGUGUGAUUUGUGUCUGAAGUGGAGGACCCUCCCCUUCCAGUUGAAUUCAGUGGAAAAAGAUUACCCUGACACCUGGGUUUGCUCCAUGAACCCUGAUCCUGAGCAGGACCGAUGUGAGGCUUCUGAACAAAAACAGAAGGUUCCCCUGGGGACAUUCAAAAAGGAUCCAAAGACACAGGAAGAAAAGCAGAAGCAGCUAUCAGAGAAAAUUCGCCAGCAGCAGGAGAAGCUGGAGGCCCUUCAGAAAACCACCCCCAUCCGUUCCCAAGCUGACCUGAAGAAAUUGCCCUUGGAAGUGACAGCCAGACCUUCCACUGAGGAACCUGCUCGAAGACCUCAGCGUCCUCGGUCACCACCUUUACCUGCUGUGAUCAAGAAUGCCCCAAGCAGACCACCUUCCCUGCAAGCUCCCAGACCAGUUAUCCAACCUCGAAAGGCUCCUGUCAUCAGCAAUCCCCCAAAGCCUCCUGCUCUGGCAGCCCAAGUAGAGGCCAGUACUUCCAGGCUGCUCCAGCCACCUGAGGCACCCCGAAAGCCUGUGAACAUGCCAGUCAAGACUGCCCCCCGGACCACUUCUCUGGUGCAGCCACUGUCGUCAUCUCUACUGCCCAACUCCAAGAGUUCUCGGGAGGUCCCUGCAGCCAAAGUUAUUAAGACUCCAGUGGUCAAGAAGCCAGAGCCACCUGUUAAACUCUCCCCAGCUACCACUGGUCGUAAGCGGAGUCUUGGGGUCUCUGAUGAGGAAGAAGCUGAGGAAGAGGCUGAGAGGAGGAAGGAGAGGUGUAAGCGGGGCAAAUUUGCUGUGAAGGAGGAGAAGAAGGAAUCCAAUGAGCUCUCAGACAGUGCUGGAGAAGAAGACCCAGGUGACCUCAGAAAGGCUCAGAAAGAUAAAGGGCUACAUGUGGAAGUACGUGUGAACAGGGAGUGGUAUACAGGCCGUGUCACAGCCGUGGAGGUGGGCAAGAAUGUGGUACGGUGGAAGGUGAAGUUUGACUAUGUACCCACAGAUACAACUCCAAGAGACCGCUGGGUGGAGAAAGGCAGUGAAGAUGUGCGGCUGAUGAAGCCACCUUCUCCAGAGUAUCAUACCCCUGACACACAGCAAGAGGGUCGGGAGGAAGAAGAAGCUGUGGUGGCUCAGCAGGCUGUAGCCAUGGCAGAGCCCUCUACCUCUGACUGCAUCCGCAUUGAGCCUGACACCACUGCUCCAAGUACCAACCAUGAAACCAUUGAUCUCCUGGUCCAGAUUCUCCGGAAUUGCUUACGGUAUUUCCUGCCUCCUAGUUUCCCCAUCUCCAAGAAGGAGCUGAGUGUUAUGAAUUCAGACGAGCUAAUAUCUUUCCCUCUGAAAGAGUACUUUAAGCAAUAUGAAGUGGGGCUCCAGAACCUGUGCCAUUCAUACCAGAGCCGUGCUGACUCACGGGCCAAGGCAUCUGAGGAAAGCCUGCGCACCUCUGAGAGGAAGCUCCGUGAGACAGAGGAGAAGCUGCAGAAGCUGAGGACCAACAUCGUAGCACUCCUGCAAAAGGUGCAGGAGGGUCUAGGGAGAACAAAGACAGGCCAGAUAAGGUUCCAGUUCUUGCAGCCCCACAUUCUGGUGGAGGAGACAGAGCUACUGAUGGACAUAGACAUCAACACAGAUGAUGAGCUGGAUGCCUACAUUGAAGACCUCAUCACCAAGGGGGACUGAGGGGCCAGGAGCCAGAGAUCAGCUCCCCUGCCCACCUGCCCCUCAACACAGCAGCUUCAGGGAGGGAGAUUUCAUUUAUGGGUUGAUGGACUUAACCUUUGAUUUGAUUCAUGUGAGACAUUUGUGCUUUUGGAAGGACAGAUACUUUGAUUCUUUGAAUCUUCCUCCCUAAGUUUAUAAAUAUUUAUUUUUUAAAAGAAA